GCUGUCCAGCUGUCCCCCUGCAGCUUCAGCCGCAGCACAGGGCAGGCCUGGGCUACUCUGCUUGCCUGUGGGUUGAGGACUGGGCAGGACCUGCCUUCUGGGGACGAAAGGACAGCGGAGCAAGCGCCUGGUGAGGUCCGCAGGGAGGUGGGCCUGAGGACACUGGGCCCAGAGCAGCGGCUGUCACAUCCGGUGAAGGUUUUGGCGGUACCUUCCCCACUGACGCUGGAGGGGUGUCCAAACCCACUGAUGUCCGUCCACCUGGGUCCCCAGGACAAGGCUGCAAUGUCCCAGACGCAGGACUACGAAUGCGAGAGACACCAUGGCAGCUUGCAGGAGUCUCGGGGUUCAGGGUCGAGCACAAGGCUGGAGUGGGUGGAGAUCAUUGAGCCGCGCACGCGCGAGCGCAUGUACGCCAACCUGGUCACGGGCGAGUGCGUGUGGGACCCGCCGGCCGGCGUGCGCAUCAAGCGCACCAGCGAGAACCAGUGGUGGGAGCUCUUCGACCCCAACACGUCCCGCUUCUACUACUACAACGCCACCACCCAGCGCACCGUGUGGCACCGGCCGCAGGACUGCGACAUCAUCCCCCUGGCCAAGCUGCAGACCCUGAAGCAGAACACCGAGUCCCCCCGAGCCUCGGCCGAGAACAGCCCGGGGAGGGGCAGCAGCGUCAGCCGCGACGGCAGCACCAGCUCCUCUCUGGAGCCCGAGCUGGAGGCUGGCGACAGGGUGCAGGAGCCCUUGGGUAGGGCCGGCCGGCAGGCUGCGCUGGGGGCUGUGAAGGAGGAGAGCAGCAGUCCCUCGGCAGCGGGUGUGCUUCCGGAGAAGGACUACGAGGUUUACCGGGACUACAGUGCAGACGGCCACCUCCUCCACUGCAGGACGUCCUCCCUCCGCUGGAACUCGGGCACCAAGGAGCGCAUGCUCAUCAAAGUUGCCGACAGGGAGCCCAGCUUCCUCUCCCCCCAGGGCAACGGCUACCCCCUGGACAGCCAGCCCGGUGGUCGCCCCCGCAGGCCCUCUGGGGGGCAGCACUCACCCAGCCUGCAGACCUUCACCCCCGAGGCGGACGGCCCUGUCUUCUUUUCUGACCGGAGGCCAUCACCCUUCCUGAAGAGGGCUGAGCUCGGGAGCUGCUCCCCGCUGCUGGCCCAGCCCCGCAAGCCUGCUGGUGACUCGCAGCCCCCCUCCCCACGCUACGCCUACGAGCCCCCCCUCUACGAGGAGCCUCCUGUGGAGUACCAGGCCCCCAUCUACGACGAGCCCCCCAUGGACGUGCAGUAUGAGGCCGGCGGGGGCUAUCAGGCCGGCUCGCCCCAGAGGUCUCCCGGCCGCAAGCCACCCAAGCAGGCCUCGGCCUCGCCCUACCAGCAGCUGGUGCUCACCAGGCAGAAGUGCCCUGAGCGCUACCUGAGCCUGGAGUACAGCCCCGCGGGCAAGGAGUACGUGCGGCAGCUGGUGUAUGUGGAGCAGGCCGGCUCCAGCCCCAAGCUGCGCACAGGCCCGCGGCACAAGUACACGCCCAACCCUGGUGGCGGCUCGCUCUCCCUGCAGCCCAGCCCCUGCCUGCUGCGGGACCAGCGUCUGGGCAUCACUUCCGGGGACUACAGCAGCAUGGAGGGCCCCGAGCUGCGGCACACCCAGCUGCCCACACCACUGCCCCAGGCUCAGGACGAUGCCAUGUCCUGGUCCAGCCAGCAGGACACCAUGUCCUCGACGGGCUACUCCCCCGGCACACGCAAGAGGAAGAGCAGGAACCCUUCUCUGUGCCACGCCCCCAGCACCUCGUCCACCGAAGGCCCUGGGGACCGCGACCUGCUCAGUGAGCAGCCCCUGACCGAGGAGCGGCCCCUGUGCGGGCCCAGCCUGGCGCCCACGAAGCGCACAGAGGGCAAGGCCGGUGAGGUGGACGGGGCCCGGGGCAUGGCUGAGCCCUUCCUGGCGCAGGCCCGGCUGGCCUGGGAGGCACAGCAGGCCCACUUGCACAUGAAGCAGAGGGGCAGCUGGGACUCUCAGCAGGAUGGCUCAGGCUACGAGAGCGACGGGGCCGUGCCGCUGCCCAUGCCUGGGCCUGUGGUCCGCGCCUUCAGCGAGGACGAGGCGCUGGCCCAGCAGGAGAGCAAGCACUGGCAGAGGGGCGCCUUGGACAGGCUCACCUUCCCCCAGGCCCUGCUGGAGAAGAGCGUGUCUGUGCAGACCAGCCUGGCCUCCCCGGAGCCCUACCUCCACCCCUCACAGUCUGAAGACCUCGGCACCUGCGCCCAGUUUGAGAGCAGCCGGCAGGCCCGCAGCGUGAUGCCCAGCGCCAGCUGCGUGUUCCCCACCUUCACGCUGCGCAAGCCGUCCUCAGAGACCGACAUCGAGAACUGGGCCUCCAAGCACUUCAACAAGCACACGCAGGGCCUCUUCCGGCGCAGGGUGUCCAUCGCCAACAUGCUGGCCUGGAGCAGCGAGUCCAUCAAGAAGCCCAUGAUCGUGACCAGCGACCGCCACGUGAAGAAGGAGGCCUGCGAGGUCUUCAAGCUGAUCCAGAUGUACAUGGGCGACCGGCGCGCCAAGGCGGACCCGCUGCACGUGGCCCUGGAGGUCGCCACCAAAGGCUGGAGCGUGCAGGGCCUGCGGGACGAGCUGUACAUCCAGCUGUGCCGGCAGACCACGGAGAACUUCCGCCUGGAGAGCCUGGCCCGCGGCUGGGAGCUCAUGGCCAUCUGCCUGGCCUUCUUCCCACCCACACCCAAGUUCCACUCCUACCUGGAGGGUUACAUCUACCGGCACAUGGACCCCGUCAAUGACACCAAAGUGACACAGCACAUGAAAGAGCUUCUGGAAAGAAACACUAAGAAGAAGUCCAAGUUGAGAAAGAAACCCAAGCCUUAUGUUGAGGAGCCAGAUGGGGUGGCAAUAAGCACAUAUGCCAAGUACUGUUACCACAAGCUGCAGAAGGCAGCCCUGACCGGGGCCAAGAAGGGGCUGAAGAAGCCCAACGUGGAGGAGAUCCGGCACGCCAAGAACGCCGUCUUCAGCCCGUCCAUGUUCGGCAGCGCGCUGCAGGAGGUCAUGAGCAUGCAGAAGGAGCGUUACCCGGACCGGCAGCUGCCCUGGGUGCAGACCCGGCUGUCUGAGGAGGUGCUCGCGCUCAACGGGGACCAGACAGAAGGCAUCUUCAGAGUGCCUGGGGACAUUGAUGAGGUCAAUGCCCUGAAGCUACAAGUGGACCAGUGGAAAGUGCCCACGGGCCUGGAGGAUCCCCACGUCCCAGCGUCGCUGCUGAAGCUGUGGUACCGGGAGCUGGAGGAGCCCCUGAUCCCGCACGAGUUCUACGAGCAGUGCAUCGCGCACUACGAGAGCCCCGAGGCCGCCGUGGCCGUGGUGCACUCGCUGCCCCGCAUCAACCGUCUGGUGCUGUGCUACCUCAUCCGCUUCCUCCAGGUGUUCGUGCAGCCCGCCAACGUGGCCGUCACCAAGAUGGAUGUCAGCAACCUGGCCAUGGUGAUGGCGCCCAACUGCCUGCGCUGCCGCUCGGACGACCCGCGUGUCAUCUUCGAGAACACUCGCAAGGAGAUGUCCUUUCUGCGCGUGCUCAUCCAGCACCUGGACACCAGCUUCAUGGAGGGCGUGCUAUAGCGCGUGGGCGCCGAAGGACCGAGGGUGGGGACAGAGCCUGCCCGGGCGCGCGCCGGGCAGGCGAGCACGCGGGGAGGGGGGGAGGGAACGCCCCAGCCGCGGAGGCAGCAUGCCAGGCUCCGCCUAUGCCCGCCCCAGCCCUGGAACCCCCAUUUCCCCCACCCAGGCCCUUUGCCUGAGGGCACAGCCAGGGCAGAGGGGCUGCGGGAAGGGCGCCUCUGGCCCCCCACCCCCGCCUCUGUGGCGGGGUCGGUGGGCACUGCCCCACCCAUCGCCCACCGCGGGUUCGCGCCAAGAAAAGUGCCUUCUGUUUCCUGGAGCCAAGCGACACUGCCCCUCCCCGCCGGGGCCGAGAGCACAAGCCGCCCUCCCUGGGGCUCCCUGGCCUGGGCCCAGCCCGGCUGCCCCCCCCCCCCGCCCCCGUCUCCCCCUCUGCCCUCCCCCUCCCCCUUGGUCUCCUGGUCUGCAGCUUCUGCCCUCCCCAGUCCCUCGCCACCCUCACCCCCUGCUACCUGUGGCCUCCAGCGUGAUGAGGGCACAGGAGUUUGGGAGCUCCAGGGCCCUGGGCUGUCCACCACCUCAACAGCGCUCAGCUGGUCCAGGGCCUGGUGUGCUCUCUCUGGGUGGGAAGGGGGCCCCAAACCAAAGCAGUCUGGGGUGUGGGGCAGGGUUGGGCAGGCAUUCUUGGGGCAGGGUGGGGGAGGGGCAAGAGUAUUUUUUCUUCGUGUAACUAUAAAUUCAGAUUCUAUCCUGCAACCCAGCCCGCCUGUGUAUAGAGAUAUAAAUAGAGCGAAAGCUAUAAGAACUAAAUUUGCUAAUGACAUAGUCUUAACCCAAAUGCUAUUUAUUUCUGAGUCGCCCUUGCCCAUCCUCUGCAAACAAGUCGAUAUCACUCCGUUUUCUUCUCCACCCUCUUGGCCUCUGUCCAGAAUCCAAACCCUGCCCUCUCCCCAUAGGAGAUGACCUGCAGGAGAUGGAAGGAAGGGGCCCCAGCUGGGGGACCAGAGGGGCACCAGGGAUGCCCUUCCUCCAGGCCAGAGCUGGGGGUGGGGGUGGAGGGGGGGGUAACUAGGCUCUCCGUUUGUACAUUUUCCAUUUUGGAAUUUUGAGUUCCAAUUGUUGUAAAACUUAAUUUCUCCGCCGUUUAUAUAUAUAUAUAUUUUAUAGAGUUGAGUUUUUAUUUAUUAUUAAAAACAAAAACACCCUGCCAAGCCCCAGUGUCCCCUUGGGGAGCAUCUGCAGUCUGGUGGUCUCAGGGCCUGGGGUGGAUGGGGGGGGCCAGCCACAGACUCUCACUCUGACGCAUGGACUCGAGAGGUGACACCACUUUGUGUGAAUAAAGUACAUAUGGACACUUUCCA